AUGAAAAUAUUUACUUGUUUCUGUCUUUCUUUCUUUUUGCUUUCAUACCUCUUCUUUCUUUCUUUCUUUCUUUCUUCCUUUCUUUCUUUCUUUCUUUGUUUUUCCUCUUCUUUCAUUCUUUCGUACUUGUUUCUUUCAUUUCGCUUUUUUCAAAUUCUUUCAUACUGCCCUACUUUCUUUCUUUCUUUUUUCUUUCUCUCUCUCUCUUUCUUUCUUUCUUUCUUUCUUUCUUUCUUUCUUUCUUCUCAUUCCAAGGAACAUACAGUCUCUUUCUUUCUUUCCUUCUUUCUUUCCUUCUCUCUUUCUUUCCUUCUUUUUCUCUUUUUUAUGUGUAUUUUUUUUAUAAUUCUUCUUUCCAGUUUAUCUGCCUUUUUAUUUUUGUUCCUUUCUUCUGUUUUUUCGUUUGAUUUAUGCCUCGAUUACCAAUUACCUUUCUUUCUUUCUUUCUUUCUUUCUUUCUUUCUUUCUUUCUUAGCCCCUGCUUUCUUUCUUUCUUUCUUUCUUCCUUUCUUUCUUUCUUCCCUCCUGCUUUCUUUCUUCUUCCUUCCGUCUUUUCUUUCUUUCUUUCUUUCUUUCUUUCUUUCUUUCUUUCUUCCCUCCUGCUUUCCUUCUUCCUUUCUUUCUUUUUCCUUCUUUCUUUCAUUCUUUCUUUCUUUCUUUCUUUCUUUCUUUCUUCCCUCCUGCUUUCUUUCUUCUUUUCUUUCUUUUUCCUUCUUUCUUUCUUUCUUUCUUUCUUUCUUUCUUUCUUUCUUUCUUUCGUCGUGUCCUUUCUUUCUCCCUUCUUUCUUUCUUUCUUUCUUUUUUUCCUUCUUUUUCUCUCACUUUCUUUCUCAUUUGUCUUUUCGCCGACCACUCUUUUUUAUUAUUUUCCUCUUCCUUCCUUCCUUCCUUCCUUCCUUCCUUCCUUCCUUCCUUCCUAUCUUCUUUCUUUCUUUCCUUCUUUCUUUCUUUCUUUCUUUAUUAUUUAUUUCAACAUACUUUAUUGACGUCUUUCUUUGUUUCUUUCUUUCUUUUUUCGGCCUUUCUUUUCGUGUUAUUUCAUUCACUUUUUUCUUUCUUUCCAUCUUUUUUGUGUAUUUCUUUCUUCUCCGCCCUUUCUUUUUAUUCUUUCUUUCCCCAAUUAUUAACUCUCUCUUUUUACCUCUCUCUCUCGCUUGCUCUUUUCCUCUCCAACACCGUUCUCCUUCAUAUUGUACCUACUCUUUUACGCUUUUCGUGCACCCUUUCCUAGUUUACCAUCCUCAGACCACCAACCCCAACCAACCGUCUAAUUCGUCGACCACCCAGCUACCCAAUCAACUGCUAGCCUUCCCGACUCAGCCGCUGAAUGUUUACACGGUGUUAAAAAAAACUGACCCAUGUGACAUUCCUGAGACGAAAGGAUCAACGCUCCGUAUUCUUUUGUGA